CUUUAGUGAGAAAUGAAUGCCAAAUCUGAGUGGGUAUUAUCUUUGGGGAGCUCAAAUAUAUGCCUGGAGCUUCCUAUUAGUUUUACUUGUCUUGGUGGGUGGGCGCUGCCCAAUAUGUUGCACGCUUUACACAAGAAAAGCAAGGUUUGAAGGGAGAUUGCUGCUAUCAGGACAGACAAGAGACUGGAUUUAGCCACGUGGACAAGUCUGUUUGUCAUCCCCCACUUCACCCUAUUCAGCCUUUUGUCUUUCCGAGUUCUAUCCAGUAGGUAUUGCGGGAGGAUUUUUCUAUGUUGUACUACUAAAAUUGAAGCAGUGUCACCAGGGGAGUCUUUAAUUGUGUCACUCAGGCAGAGAAAUAUAAGUUUAUAUGUGUGUGGGGUUGGGUGAUGUGAAUGUUAAAUGGUGAGGUGGGUGGUGCAAUCACCAAAGCAUCGGCUCUGGUUUUCAGACCCGUCCUUGUCUUAAUCCUUGCUUGUCACAGGUAGAUUUAUCCUGUCAAUAUUGGUGAUUUCUACUCUGAGAAUCAGUACCGAAAUGGUCCAUCGGGAACCCUCUAAUAAUGGGAAGGGAGAAUGCUCCUUGCAGAUCAUUGUACGCCCUCGUUUCAGCCAUUCCAGCACCAUGGCCUUCACAUGAUCUUGCGCCUCAUUUUGUUGUAGAGCGGCUAUACAUAGGUACUUGCAACUAUUGCUUUGUUGAAAGAAAGCCCUAGCCGAAGAGCAACUAGCGCUGGUGGUUUGCAGCCAUGAUGGGGAACUUGGAUUGGGGAGGGACCUGCUUUGCAAGGUAUAAGCAUGGACAUGGCCACGUCCCAACUGCUUUUAUCUCCAAGACUGAUGAGAUAAUGUCCAAGUAUAGACCGAUUGCUCCCAGACCCACUCCUGUGACUUCAAACGCUUGUGAGUCUAAUUCUAAUUGUAAGCCCAAUUCCGAUUCCGCUCUGGGAUCUCGCUCAAAAUUCACCACUCGCAAGGGAAAAAGAAAUCAUUAUACUGAAAGUGGUGUUGCUCGCCCCAAUAGAACUCGAAGAAAGGGGUCCUCAUAUUCUAAGACCCCUUCACCCAGAGGCACAAAAAGACUGAAGGUUGGCCCUAACAAACGCAGUGACUUGGCAGGCUCUGAGAGAAGCACACAUAUUGUUGGGUUUACCGUUCAACCAAGUUCAAUAGCUGCUGAUAGGCCUACAAAGAUUGUGCACCCUUUUGAUGGGGCUUCGAGUGUAGAGAAAUUGAAUGCCGAGGACUUAGGGUGUAUGGAAAAAGCAGCAGCCAUUGCUCCUACAGAAGGAAGCAGCAUGCCAUAUAAAAAGACUACUAGACUGGGAGGCCUGACCAUAAUAGAGGUGAUGAAUUCAAUUGGCGGUGUGGGUGCAGAAAAUCCUGCAAAAAGCAUGGAAGCUGUGCCUGAGCAAACAACGGAAGAUACUCAAUGUGGUUGUGGGUCACCUGAACUCUUGGUUUUUCCUGUUGUUAGUAACAGCCAACGACAGGAGGAAGAGGAGAAGAAUGAAAAAAAACUGGUUACUCUUCCAUUUCUUCCAGAGACACCAUCAUUGCAUAAAAGCCCGGCCUUGGGCUCUUCUGAAUCUAAUUCUCCUUCCACUGAUCCCAAAUCUGACAUGCCUGACGCAUCGUCUGAUAAAAGGGAGAUUCAGCUGAGACUUUUUGGCAUAAAUUUUAUCCAGAAAAGGGAUGGUCCAUGCCAAACUAGUAAGGAUGAGAGCCCAAAACCUACAACCUUUGUGCCAAGUGUUGACUCUGCCCUCCUUGACCAGAUGUAUUCCGUGUCUGUUGAUCCGUUCAUUUUGUUGCUGGAUAGUGAUCGUAAAGAUGUUUUAUGGUUCAAUCCGGCAUAUGUUAGGAUGGUAAAAGCUAUUGAGGAGAGAAACAGCAAUGGAUAUCAGCCACUUAUCAUGACCCCCACACCUCUUGCCUGUUACAUUUUUAAGGAAGCCUCUCAGGGCGCGGUCAACCUCAAGGCCAUCUUGUGGGGUUUUGUGAACAAAUUUAACAUUCCUGAAACUGCUAGCGGGUCCAAUAAUGAGACUUCAAUCAAUAGAGAGCAUACUUUGAUGUCACAAGCAAGCUCUUCAAGUGCUCAUUUUAUGCAGAGAUCCCCAAAUGAUGCAAUGUCAGGGAUGCCACCAACCAGGGAGAGUUUAAGUCCAGUUGAAAAUGUCGUCGUUAUGCCACAGGCAAAUAGACCAGUGGGUUCCAUUAUUAACAUUGAAUACAUCAAAGAAGCCAAUCAGCAUAUCUCUCCUCUCUGUAAAACUAUGGAUGAGAUUCACGAGCAGAUAGAAAGAGAGACUUUUCCAGCACUUAUAUCCGACUCUACAAAUAAGGUGAAAUGGACCAAUUCUGCAUACAAGAAGAUGGUGGGUCAACCAGAGUGUUCAUGGCUUAAAUCAACAGGAGGCUUGUCCAAUGAUAAGUUUGAUGUACCUUCAAAUUCAUGGAUCAAUGGAGAAGUUGUACUGAAUGACAAGAUACCCCUUCCAGUAAGUGCAUUGAAAUGCUGUGCCAGAAUUCAGUGGACCAACAUCAAGGGCAAGAAGAGUUCGCUGAGGGCUCCUUGCGAGGUCUAUAACUAUAUUUCAGAUUUAUCAAAAUUUACGAGUCUAAAUAGGCCAUUACCAAUCCAUCAAGCUGGAUACAGUGAUUGAGAUGGGGUGUUGCUGUGCGAGCCCUGACAAGUUGAGAGUAAACUAAAGUCAUAGGUCCAUGUGUUUGUCACACACAAAAAUGAUUCAUUCCUCACAAACCUUGUUUAAAUUGUACGCGUGACAAUUAUGAUGAUAAUGAUAACAGUGGUAGGUAAAAUGGUAACUUUAAUCUUUCCAACGUAAUUUCUUAAACUGAUUAUGAUAACAAUGAUUGUUAAUACAGGAGCUUUAGAACUUCCCAACAUAUGUUUUUGAAGCUGAAAUGUUUGUAAAAUUUGGGUUAUACUGUCUAA